UGCUGGUCCCGGCCUUGCGGCCUGCUGGGGAAGGCUGCCCGGAGGAGGCGGGCGACUGUAGCACGCGGCGGCACGUCCCCGACCCCAGAACCCCGGAUUCCUUCCUCCCAGAUCUAGCCAUCUGUCCAUCCAUCCGUGGGGGUCCACAAUGGCCACCUUCAGCCGCCAGGAAUUUUUCCAGCAGCUACUGCAGGGCUGUCUCCUGCCUACCGUCCAGCAGGGCCUUGACCAGAUCUGGCUGCUCCUUGCCCUCUGCCUCGCCUGCCGUCUCCUCUGGAGGCUUGGGUUACCGUCCUACCUGAAGCAUGCAAGCACCGUGGCAGGCGGGUUCUUCAGCCUCUACCACUUCUUCCAGCUGCACAUGGUUUGGGUGGUACUGCUCAGCCUCCUGUGCUACCUUGUGCUGUUCCUCUGCCGACACUCCUCCCACCGAGGCGUCUUCCUCUCCGUCACCAUCCUUAUCUACCUACUCAUGGGUGAGAUGCACAUGGUAGACACUGUGACAUGGCACAAGAUGCGAGGGGCCCAGAUGAUCGUGGCCAUGAAGGCAGUGUCUCUGGGCUUUGACCUGGACCGGGGCGAGGUGGGUGCAGUACCCUCGCCUGUAGAGUUCAUGGGCUACCUCUACUUCGUGGGCACCAUCGUCUUUGGGCCCUGGAUAUCCUUCCACAGCUACCUACAGGCUGUCCAAGGCCGUCCACUGAGCCGCCAGUGGCUGCAGAAGGGCCGGAGCCUGGUGCUGGCCCUGCUGUGCCUUGUCCUGUCCACCUGUGUGGGCCCCUACCUCUUCCCCUACUUCAUCCCCCUCGACGGUGACCGCCUCCUUCGCAACAAGAAACGCAAAGCCAGGGGCCCUAGGGGCACCAUGGUAAGGUGGCUGCGAGCCUAUGAGAGUGCUGUAUCUUUCCACUUCAGCAACUAUUUCGUGGGCUUUCUGUCCGAGGCCACGGCCACAUUGGCAGGGGCUGGCUUCACCGAGGAGAAGGACCACCUAGAAUGGGAUCUGACAGUGUCUAGACCACUGAACGUAGAGCUACCCCGCUCAAUGGUGGAAGUUGUCACAAGCUGGAACCUGCCCAUGUCUUAUUGGCUAAAUAACUAUGUUUUCAAGAAUGCUCUCCGCCUGGGGACCUUCUCAGCUGUGCUGGUCACCUAUGCCGCCAGUGCCCUCCUGCACGGCUUCAGCUUCCACCUGGCUGCAGUACUGCUGUCUCUGGCGUUUAUCACUUACGUAGAACACGUCCUCCGGAAGCGCCUGGCUCGGAUCCUCAGUGCCUGUGUCUUGUCCAAACGGUGUCCACCAGACUGCUCGCACCGGCAUCGCUUGGGCCUGGGGGUGCGAGCCUUAAAUCUGCUCUUUGGGGCCCUGGCCAUCUUCCACCUGGCCUACCUGGGCUCCCUGUUUGAUGUCGACGUGGAUGACACCACAGAGGAGCAGGGUUACGGCAUGGCAUAUACUGUCCACAAGUGGUCAGAGCUCAGCUGGGCCAGUCACUGGGUCACUUUUGGAUGCUGGAUCUUCUACCGUCUUAUAGGCUGAAACAAAUAGCCCUCACACCCCCCUCAAGACCACUCCCCAGGGUGCCAGCUCUGAUGGGGGAUGAGGGAAGACACCCUCUCUACUCUUUGACUCCUGUCAUCCUUGACUUCCACACAUACACACACACACCACAUACACACACAGUAUUUCCAUGCCUGUCCAUCCCCACCCCACCACCAGGUGGGAAGGGGUGGUCCCUGCUGGGGCUUAGGGGUGGGGGAUACUUGGGGAAGCAGAGAGGGGAAGAUCCAGGCCUCCCCGCCUGCAUUCUUCCUUUUUAUAUACAGUUUGUUAUUGUCAAAUAAAAGUAGAAAU